AUCACCUUAUCUAAUGCAUCACUGUAGCAAGCACAAUAGAUUAUACAUACACUGUAUAGUCACCGGCUACGUGUCGGAACAAACUUCUACACUGCUAUACGGAUAGAAGACAGGCCGGUGCAAUAGUGUGUGGGUUGUUCUAGUACGUCCGUUUUGUGAAAUAUGGCGACCGGAGGUGCAGACGAAGAUGGUGGAAUUAGUCGGAUGUCUGAAGAAACAAUGGCAUCGAAUGCUCCGGACAGUGGUUUCAGACGUGGACCAGUUUCUCAAGCAAAAAGGGAAGAGCUUCUUCAACGGUCAAGAAUUUUGAGCUAUCAAAACCGUGUGAUUACAGCAAACAGUAUUAAAAAGGACGAACUGAUUCAUCAGCUCACUCUUGAAAUCAAAAGCCUGAAAGACGAAAAUGAGCAAUUGAAACGCUGCAUGAGAGUCCACGAAGCACGCGAGCACCGCGAGAAUGAUUUAGAACAGGCACUAGGGACAGAACGAGAGAUUUCCCGACGAACGCGUGAAAAAAACCGUGAACUCCAGAUGGAGAUGGAAGCACAGGUUCGCGAUUACAAUCUGGACACGAGGGUGCACUCCGACUACAGGUUGUUACGUGAGGAAAACCAGCGCCUACAAGGGCAGGUCUUUGCGAUAUCUUCACAACUUGCCGAGACCAACAAAGAAAUCAACCAAAUGCGUGACGAAAUUCAACUGCUAAACACCGAGAGGAACGGCGCUUACAAGCGUUUUGAAAAUAAAUCCAAAGAGCUAGAGAGUGCCCGGCAUGAGUUGUUUGAACUGUUUAGGAAAACUUCAAUGGCAGCGACCGAAAAUUCUUUUCUGCAGAAAACCAUUACCCAGCUGACGGAUGACAACUGCAAACUUCAGUCAGAGAUCCAAAUGCUAAAACAUGACAAGGAACAGCUACGAGAGAAGGAAAGGGAAUACAGAAGAAUGAUAUCCAAACUCAGCGAGCAGAUUCUUAAGCUAAAACAUACCAGCAAGGCUAGAAACCGUGAAGAGGACGGGUCUCGAAGCGCGAGUGCCCAUACUUCCGGAAGUGACGAAUGUACCGGAUUUCAGUCUGCUAGCAGACGACGCCAUAGACCAAUAAGAUUUGAACCGUAUCAGUAAAAAAACAAAUGUUUAUAUAUAUUUGUGUGUGUGUGUGUAAGUGCUCAUUGAAAUGAGCCCAAUCCAAAAUGAAAGCGUUCUUACAGUCGUGUAGAUGCCUUGCUACAUUACCUUUAACAAAAGGAAGUAGCCACAAAUAUUAUCAUAUUAGCGAUCAUCCCAUCAUCCCAUUGUUAACAAACAAGAUGAACUUUGCAGUGUAGAAAAUAUACGUUUACAUAACCUGAAUUAUAAUCAGGGAAAUGUAAGAUAUAUGUGCCUCGUUGCAUUACGUUAUCACAAAACUUUUAGAAUAUUUAAAAUAUAGCAUCUUCAAACUUUUUGUUAUGUAUUAACCAUCAGUUGGUGACGUAUAAAAUGUUCAAGAAGGAAGUGGCAACAUUCUAUGACUACAACUUAUUCCUAGCAGGAAAAGCGAUCAGAUUCUUACGCAUUUUUAUUGUUGGUUAACAUUUAUUUUAUCCACGAAG